UUUCCAUUCAGGGGCUGGUGAAUCGAUCAGACACGAGGAGCCAGCUCCUUCAGUGCAGCAACCACAGACAGACAGCCAGAAAGGGCAAGAGGAGACCUUCACCCAGCUCCUGUAAGCCAAAGUGGACCUUUUGUUUUGUUUAUUAUUUUUUAAGAUCCCUGGUCGGAACUUUCAGUCCGAAAACUUUGCCCAACUCGAUUGGAAAUGGUGGGAAUUUCUGGCUCCUAUCAGGUCAACGGAGAAAAGACGCGUUCCGCAAUGCCGGGGUCACCAGUGGAUGUGAAAGUGCAGUCUCGAGCCACACCCCCGACCAUGCCUCCGCCACCUCCGUCUGGAAACCAAGGGAAUUCUCGGCCAAACUCCUUCACCCCGACCUCACUGCCGAAUGGUGUUGACCACUCUCCACCUGCCCUGAAUGGCGUGCCAUCCCCACCUCAACGCUUCAGCAAUGGUCCUUCGUCCUCUCUCGCCAGUCAGCAGCUCCCUGCCACCUGUGGUGCCCGCCAGCUUAGCAAACUGAAGCGCUUUCUGACCACCCUGCAGCAAUUUGGCAAUGACAUCUCGCCGGAGAUCGGGGAGCGAGUCCGCAGCCUUGUCCUGGCACUGGUGAACUCAACCGUGACCAUUGAAGAGUUUCACUCAAAGCUGCAAGAGGCAACAAACUUCCCACUGCGCCCCUUUGUAAUUCCAUUCUUAAAGGCCAACCUGCCACUGCUGCAGCGGGAACUACUGCACUGUGCCCGCUCUGCCAAGCAAACGCCAGCUCAGUACCUGGCUCAGCAUGAACACCUCCUGCUCAAUGCCAAUGCCACGUCCCCAGUCAACUCAACGGAUCUGCUAGAGGUCAAUGAGAAUGGGAAGAGGAACAGCCCGGAAAGGAAUAAAGAGAAUGGUUUUGACCGAGAUCCUCCAGCAAAGCGGGUGUGCACUAUCAGCCCUGCCCAGCGGCACAGCCCAAACAUUGGCAUACCUCACCCUGCCAACGGGCAACUGCAUCCAACCCCUCCUCCCCUCCAGCACUACAGCCUGGACGAUGUGGCCAUCAACCACCUGUACAGAGAUCCACAGAGACUUCCAGAAUACAGAGAGCGACACAGGCAUCACGGAGGAUCCCGUGCAGUGUACCAGGAAGAGAUGAUUGAUCACCGACUGACUGACCGUGAGUGGGCUGAGGAAUGGAAACAUCUGGAUCAUCUCCUGAACUGCAUCAUGGACAUGGUGGAGAAGACUCGUCGCUCACUAGCUGUUCUCUGCCGUUGCCAAGAAGCUGACCGAGAGGAGCUAAACUACUGGAUGAGGCGUUACAAUGACACAGAGGAUGUGCGAAAGGGGGGCAGCACUCACCUCAGGCAGCUCAGCCCUGGGAACACAGAGACCAUUCAGGCUGAGCUUCAUCGGGAGAUCGGUCACAGACCGUCAGCGGGUUACGUCCCAGAUGAGAUCUGGAAGAAAGCGGAGGAGGCAGUGAACGAGGUCAAACGCCAGGCCGUGUCACAGUUACAGAAGGCGGUAACCGAGGCCGAGCAGAAAGCGUACGAGAUGAUAACGGCAGAGAGGGCCAAGAUGGAGCAGAAGAUAGCAGAUGCCAAGCGGCAAGCAGCUGAAGAUGCUUUCACCGUCAUCAAUGAGCAGGAAGACACCAGCGAGAGUUGCUGGAACUGCGGGCGCAAGGCCAGCGAGACCUGCAGCGGCUGCAAUGCGGCCCGUUACUGCGGCUCCUUUUGCCAGCACAAAGAUUGGGAAAAGCACCACCGCAUCUGUGGCCAGAACCUGCACGCUCAGGCCAAGGUGGUGCCCGCAGGAGGCUCUGGUCCAAAGGCCACCAAAGGCGAGAAGAGCCCAGCUCUGGAGAAGGCUCCCCCGUCCACCGUGACUUCCAGAUCGGCCACACCGGCUGCUCCAGAUGCCAGUGUGCAGUAAUGUGACCUCUGACCUCCCCCUCCCCCCCCCACCCCCACGUCAAAUGGAGACAUUGGAAUUGAAACUCCCACCUGGGGCCACAGUUCGAUAUCAGGUGUAGGCCUCAGUUUUUAAAGAUACCCUUUUUUCCCUUUUAAUGUUCAAAAAAAAGACAUAAUUGAGGGGGAGACAAUUCGGGCUCAAGGCUCCUCUUGAGAGCUUCGACUGAAAUGUAGGCCAGCAAAAAAAAAUAAAAUCACAGAAGCAAAAUCUACAGUCGGACUCCUGGCAACAGAGGAAGCAGGCUGCUGUAUCCACGGGCCAGAAACACUGCCAUUUAUGAGAUGACUGCAGAAAUGGUUUGGACUGGGACAUGAACCUUCUCCUGUAUGUCUCUCCCCACUCACUGCUGACUCCAUAACAAUCCUGCAUCUUGCUCUGCAGUCCGAAAAGAAAAUGUAAACAUUUACCUGUGCAAUCAAAGUGGACGAGGAGUAACAAUUCAGAUCCUACUUACUCGAAACACUCUUUACCUCUUGGUUUAAAAAAAAAGGGACUUUUUCAAGAGAUUAGAACUUAUUCCUUCGAAGAGAAAUGUCAAAAGAAUGUGGUUUGUCGCUGGUUUUUGAAGGGGGUAAAGGGACUCUCUUUUGACUUGUAUAUCCCUUUUCGAAACGUGUGAAAGGAAAUCUCCCGUCUUCCUGUCCCCGCAAAAGAUUUGUACACUGAUUGCUCUUCCCUGAUGCCAUUCCGUUCCUGCCCCAAGGAAACACUCCGGAAAGAUCCGACGGUGGCUGAUGUGCUCUGGCGGUGUACUUGAUGGGGAAGGAAGCGGGUGGCCUGGGUCCGGCUUUGGUGUGUGUAAAACUGCUCUUCGUAUGACUUUUUGUAACGACUGACCUCUCGAGACGUUACUCCUCACCUCCUUUGUGAUCUCCCGAAAGCAAGUGGACAGUUUGUGUCACACGUUGACAAGCUCCAGACACACGCACAUGCGCACAUAAGGUUGUUUGUUGAAGUCCAAUUUUACAAAAAUAGAGUUGAAGUGAGAGAGUGUGUUUAGAUGCUUCGCUGUCGGGGGUUUAGAAAUCUGGAGGCCCACCUUGUAUCUGGUUUUCCCUCCUAUCUGGCUGUAGGCGGAGCUAGACAUAUAUCUGACAAAAUUAAUGUUUUGCGCCAAAGAAUGAUACCCUUGGCAGGCGUUUCUGACUAACAAUGACAUCUACCUUUUUUGGUACGUGUUUAGUGAUUGGCCAUUGGUGGAGGGGUUGCUGCUGAUCCCAAAAGGUCAGAAGGAAACACAAGACAAGGGAUUCAGUGCAGCUUUUGCUGGGAAAUUGGUGGCUCCUCAAAUACUCAAACUGGCCAAAGGAUCCCUCCACUCUUCGGUCGCCCAAGCAACACCGCCCUCCUCCUCUUCUCCUUCCCCUCCACAACACCCCCCCCAACCCAGCCCAACAAAUGACCAUACUGAUUGAGGCCUACUAUUCUAGCAGCAAAAGCACAAAGCGAAUCAAGGCCUUCCAAACGUUUCAGAGUUUGGAGAGCAGCUCAAAUGAGCCAACCUCAAGUUGGGCCCCUGCGGCCAUUUUUGAAAAAAAACGAUGGGUUUCGGGAAAAUGGUGUGAAUUCUUCAAUUCUGCGUCUUUGUGCCACAUGCUCCCCACCCCCCCCCACACACAUUACAAGCCAUUCUCCACUCCUCUCUGAUAGGUUUGCCACCAUCCCAGCCCCCAUUCUCACAGGUCUGCCAACCCCUCUCCUUCCCUUUCCCCCUUGCGCUCUUUCACUUCUCACUGAGAGGGUCUUGGUGGUGUUAUGACCAAGAAACGGUGUCCCUGUGGGAAAGGAUUUGGCGACCUCUCAAUGAAGGUACAGGAUUGAAGACACACCACUUUAAAUAUUAAUCCCCAUGUCUAGUAAUCAGGGGAGCAGAGAUGAAGAGAGGCAGCCAUCAACCAGCUUCUGUGACGCUGAUCCUCAGUGACCUUGAAUGACUUGAGAAGUAAAGAAUCUGGUCCACGUUUGAUAAACCUGGUCACGAGGAACAUACUAGAUUGGGGUGAGGCAGCCCACUGUUUUUGAGGCUCCUCUAUCACUCAGAGUUGAGGUGUUCUGGGAACACUACCUGGGUUCUGUGGUAGCUGUGCAAGUGUCCCACUGUCUUAAAGUCACACUGUUGUCCCAAAGCGUAAUUCAUUCAAUGCUGUCUGAUUGUGGAAUCCAUUUCACCACAAACCGGAAUUUGUGUCGCUACAGAUGCACCGUUCCAACUGCUUUCUGCUUCUUGGUCUGGUACCGGUCAGGCAGAUUGCAAACCUCAAAUGGCUGGUGGCAUUUUCUGCUUCAGGUACCCUGCUUCACUGCCUACGAUGCUGACAGUGUCCAGAAUCCAACUGAUAAUCAGAGUGCUGUUUCAGCAUCAAACCCUAAUCUCCCAGAAGAACCAUUCAAACUUGCCCAGCUAUACUUCCCUCUCCAUUUUCUACAACUGCUGUUGUUCCUAUCUUCCACUGAACCAGUGUCCACCUGAUGCACUGUACAGUCUCUAGUAUAUGAGCAAAGUCAAAGGGGAUCAGUUACUGGCGUUUUGCAGCUGGACACUAUGAUUGUCUCUCCUUUGUUUUUCAUCUUUGCAGAUAGACGUACCAUUUUGCUGGUGGUUGUCUAUUGGCAAAUUUUACCAUGUGGUGAAUGGAAGCUUAGAAAAAUACAGGGACAGUCAUCAUAUUUAACUUAUGGGAGCUGGGAGACAACCAAUUGAUGGUUCAGACUGCAGUACCCACUCAGAAAUAGGCAAUUGGGAGCGAUUUAAGAGACUAAGACAUUAUCGAGGGGUUCAGAUAACACUUGAGUGUUUUUAUUAAUAGCUAAUUCUCCAUAUAAUUGCUGUCCCACUGUUUAUCUAAUUGCAAAAUGGUUCGAAGUGUGUGGUAUUUUUGGACAAAUUAGUAUAUCCAGGAAGAUGAGUUACAGGGUUUUGUUGGCUUUAGCAUCGCUCUGUUUAUUACAAAGUGAUGAUCCUCUGAAGGGCUCAAGCAGCACCUUGAACAGCAGGGAUUGGGCUGUGGAACUUUUCCAAUGUUAUUUCAAGCCGAGGUGUGACUCCCUCAGUCCUGAAUGUGUGUUCUUUAAAUAAAUAAUGCUGCAUUUCUGAGAUAGCAUGAGGUGGUAGAACUGAAAGGUCAAAUUGCAGGGUUUGUGUCAAGAUAGAGUUUGCCCACCAUGACCUUGUGAUUGGUCCCCAUAAGAUUGAGGGGUAUUUGACUGUUGUUCAUCUCUUAGGCUUGUGGGUGCCCAGCUUGUCAGCGAUUAUGUUCCAUUUUGUAACAAAAAAUAAUCCUGAUGUGUUGAGGUGGAGCCAAGGCGUGACCUUAAAGUAGCCAACAUGGCUUGCAUAUAUUCCUGGAGGUUUCAACCCCUGCCUUUGACUUCCCUGAUUUUGCCUCCCCCCAAUCCCCAACAUCCUCACCCUCAAUAUUCAAAAAGUACUGAAAGAAAAUUGAGGAUGUAAACUGUUUCAGUAAUGCCCCCUCCCCCCGUGAUUCCAGGAAUACCCUAGAAGUUGAUUCUCGAUUCCUGGAGAUUCCAGAGGGAUUUGGAGUGUUGGCAGUGCCCAUGUGCUCUGCUGGGCUUAUGUAAAGCAAAACAGGAUUGUUCUGCCACAGUCUGUGUCAUAGAGCAUGAGAAAGUGAACACUGCAGAUGCUGGAGAUCAGAGCUAAGAGUGUGGUGCUGGAAAAGCACAGCAAGUCAGGCAGCAUCUGAGGAACAGGAUCAUAUAGCACCGAGUGACAGAUUACAGAUUAAUGGUAAACUGGUUUUCCUCAUGAGCAUUUUAGAAAUGUUGCCCUUUAGUCCACUGCAUGAUUUGACCCUCUUGUGUACAGCAAAGUUAAAGGUUAGUCUGGCCUUUGAAGGUUUACCUCCCAGAUCUGCUAUGCCCAUGAGCUGACAGAACAGAAAAGUGUAACAGAAACCCAGGGAGAGCUAUUCAUAUCGCCAUCAACCAUAAGACUGUAAGUAGACCCAUUCAGUCCAUCAAGUCUUCAUUACCAAUCAGUAAUAUCAUAUCUGAUUUCAUAAUCAUUCACUCCACUUUCCUGCCUCUUCCCCAUAACAAUUGAUUCCCUCACAUAUUAAAAACCUGUCUGUCUCAGUCUUGAAUAUACUCAAUGACCCAGCCUCACCAGGCUCCCAUGGUGAAGAACUCCACAUAUUCACAAACUUCUGAGGGAAGAACUGGCUGCUCCUCUCUGUCUUAAACAUGUGAUCCUUCAUUGAGAUUAUGCCCUCUGGUUCGAGACUCUCCCACAAGGGGUCACAAAGUUUCUGCUCACUCUUGCCAACUCUGCUUGAGCACAUCCUGGAGAUUUCAUCACAUAACUUCUUGGCACCCAAUAUCCUUCCCUUAGGUUGAUGCCAUUGACUGUGCAACAAGUCCGUUCCCAUGGUACACUGCCUGCCCACUCCAAGUGGAAAGCACAGAAGAGUCUCCGUUGACCAAUUUGAUUCAAUCUUUCAAUUUCAUUUGCCCCAACUUUAAUUCUGUGAUUUUAAAAUAGUAGUCCUCACAGAAAUGAAGAAAAGUAUACCAAAGUUUUCAGUGACUAUGAUAUGUCUCCUUCUGUUACUCAAAGCGGGGUGCUGGAGAAAAGUCUACAAUUCCUGGUGAAUUGGCAACCACACGAGCAAGUAGCAAACUGGCAAGUGAGCAGGGUACGGACUGAAAUACACAAUGUCAUCACCUUACAGUGCCAGAUAACAUUGUGCACUGUGCCGUAACUUUAAUGUACAAUCACAUUUACUAUCCUCUACAUUGAGAGCAAUCGCUGCCUGAAGAUCUUAAUCAAUGUCUAAGUUGAACGGGUGAAAAUGUAUUGCUCCUCCAUUGUGUGUGAUGUCCCUGCUCCCUUCUUUUGAUAAUCAAUGACGUCUGUCCAUUUCCCCGCUCCCCAUCCUAUCCUGUGUUUUAACUCCUAGUUUCUAUUUGGCUAAGCACAAUUCAUCCCCUUUCUCUCUAAGACAGAAAUUAAAACUCCGGCUCCCUGCUCACAAGAAAUGGAGAGUGUGAGAACAGCUAUUUUUGAUUCCCUUUUCUUGGCACAGUUUCUUUUCAGGACUUGGGAGCCUUCGUUUUCCCCUUCUCGAUUCCCUUGACUUCUAAACGCGAAGCGACGUUUGCCUGCCGAGGACAGAGAUUCCGCUGAAACCAAGCACAAAAGGGUAUCCCAAACUUUGAUCGGAUUGGAAGCGAACAGUUAGAGCUGCACAACUCUUGUGUGUCCACCAAAAUGAGAACUGAACCAAAUUACAACCAAACUGUCCAAGCCAAACUCUCUCUCUCUUCGGCUUACCGAAAGUCGAGGGGAGGUUGCCUAAUGUCUAGGCCAACAACCAAAACCUCAUAGUUCAGGAUUCAUUACAAAAACAAAACAAAACUGAUUGAUCUAAUCCCUCUGUUCAGCUGUGUGUCUCUGUAAGUGAAUGAGAAGUACAGUGUGUUUGUUUCAUUUGUGACCAGUUAAUGUGAAGGAUUGUAGUAUUGGCGUCAGUGUAAGCAGUCCUUAAGGGUCUGCCCUUUUUGUUCUGUGAAGCUGUCGUGUUGUGAUUACUGAAUUCUUUAUCUUCUUUUGGGUUUCUUUUAAAUGUUUUUUUUAUUUAAGAAGAACUUGUGUAUGCAACUGAUAUGUGGCAAUUUAAGCCCUGCCAGUUCUUUUAAAAAAAAAUGUUCUAUGUCAUUGGCUUGUGCUACAGUUGAUUUAAUCGCCUAUUUUCUGAUUGUAAUCAGGUUGAAUUAACUCCUGUCUUCCUGUGCACUCAGGGCCUGUCGGGUGAACUUGUCAUGAAAGCGUUGGCAUAGCUUCUUGCAACAGUUUGUCUCCCCUCUCCAAAAGAUAAUCCCUGUGUCAUUGUCUCUCUUUAACAUUCUACACACCGACAGACUGACUCCUUCAAGGUGUAAUCCAUCUUUCAUUUAAUUCCUCUUUCUUGUAGCCCCCAAGGAAAGGAACACCGAGAUAACAGCUAGCUGUUUAUUCUGGAAUCUUCUCAGGCACAGACUGCUGAGGUGGGGUCAGGAGAAGAGAAGUGAAAUUCCAUUGUUAUUGACUUAAGGGCAUUUAGAAAUAGAUGUUUGAAUUACAAUGAGAUCUCUUCUCUUCACUUCUUGGCUUCUGACAAUGAUACUUCCAUCCAUUAUAAAUAGAUAAAGAGCCAGUCUUAUUGAAGGCACCAUCAGAUUGCUGAAACGCAUGGGUACGCAUUUUUAUUUUCAUUCAAUGUGAGCUUUGCCAAUCAGGCCAUCUUUAAUGCCCAUUGAGAAGUCAAUGAUAAGCCAUCAUUUUGAAUACAACCAACUGCCUCGUUCAGAGUUAACCCCUUCAUGUGGAUCUGGAGUCACAUGUAGGCCAAGCCAAGUGGCGAUGGCAGAUUUCCUUCCCUGAAGCAAAUGAGUGAACCAGAUGGGUUUUUUUUAACAGCGGUCUGUUAGUUUCACAAUCACCAGGACCAUUCCUGUUAGCUAUUUUUAAUUCCAGAUUUUUAUUACAUGAGUCAAAUUUAAUUUGCACAACUGCCAUGGUGGGACUUAUACUCAUCUAAUGUUAGUGGAUGAUAGUCUACACUACACUACCGCCCGGUAUUUCUCAAACAGAUUGCUGUAAAUGCCGUGAAGAAUCUCCAGGAGAGGAGAGGACAUAGCUGGGACCACAGGAACUGCUUCAUAUUUUAAAACGUCUCUCCCUCUUUAAUCCUUUCUCCUUCAACACUGCUCCCUUUAGUUGAUCUGUGAACUAGACAGUUCAAGGUGUGGAUUCCAGAGGGUUCUGUCCUACCAUCAGGGAGAGGACUCUGUUUUCAGUGGAAUUUAAUAAAAGUAUCAUGAGGAAGAGAGAACCUAGGGCAUAAAGGCUUUCCCAUGUCCAAUAACAGAAGAGGAACACAGGAAAUAUGCCUGUGGCUGUUUCCAUGGCUAGUUUUUCCCUGGAACAGUCAUCAGUCUGUCACCAGGGUCUAUAGCUUGAGGGAUGCUUCUCUGCAUCAAUUGCUUCCUGCUCUUAAUGCCUGCCAUGUGGUUAUUGGGAGGAGACUGGGCAAUAUGUAAAACAUACAAUGCUGGGUCUUCCUCUCCUGAUUCGUUUCUACAAACUUGAAGUAGGAAAGACGGACAGCAAUUGGGUUGAUUCAAUUUUGCCUCUUUUACUGUGCAACCAAAUCCAACAGAGAACCAAGGAGACAUUUCCUCACUCUCUGCGAUUGGUUAGAAUGUGGAAUUCCACAGGAAGGACUUGAGGCAAAUGGAUUUGAUGCUUUCAACAGGAAACUAGAUGAGGACAUGAAAGGAAAAGGAGUAGAAAGUGAGACUGAGGUGGGGCGGGUGUUAAUGGGAAUGCAAUCACAAUAAGUCUAAACACCAGCUUAGUGCAGUUGGAAUGAAUGUCCUGUUUCUGAACUGUAUUUACUAUUGUCCAAAGCCAUAUUUACUGCUUCUGUUCCCACCUCUUUCCCAAAUGUUGAUCUCUUCAGCUUUUGACACAUAGGAGUAGAUGUUUUUUUCUUAAAAGGUUAACAUGACAACUAUAGCUAAGCCCCUGUAGGCCAAGUCAAUGUGAGCAAUACUAACAAAAACCAUUCUUCCAUUAAGUCACAUUGACUAAUCUUUGUAUCCUCCCCAAACCCCACAACAUGAUGGAAGUUUCAGGAACUUUUUAACCUGACAACAGCUAUCCUCUCCCGAGGGAAAACCACAGAGCGUUUCCUUUCUGCUUUUUCCUCAGAGGUGUAUGAAUUUUACGCUGGUAUAACGUGAAGAAUUAAUCAGCCUGUGGUUUGGUGACUUUGUUGUCCCAAAUUGUGCAAUAUGUAAUUACAGGUUGUACAAAAUUAAUUUCUGGUUUCUCAAGUUUUUUUUCUUUCAAUUUCCAUCCUCUUUCACUCCAUGAAUCAUAUCAAUACAAUCUGGAUUUUCAGAAUAAAAAUAUAAAAUUUCCAAAUUAACCUGACUAACUGGAUGGUCAGUUGGCCAUCCUCCACUGCACUUCCUGCCCAGAUAUUGUACCCUGAGUUUUAAUCAGUGCCAGAACUCCAAAGCGUUUGCCAAUUCUCAAAGGUCCCGCCAUCUUAAAAACAAGCUAAAAUACAAAUUGCUGCCAAUGAAAUGUGAUCAAAUGAUUGAAACACAAGUAAUGUUGACAGUUCUGCUGAGUGAUCUGGUUAUGCCAGGGAGUGGGGUGAAGCUGGGAGCAUCAUUGGCUGUAGUAGGGCCUUGAACGACAACCCCGGGGAGACUGGAGUUAGACCAUUGAGCGAUAUUCACAUCUUUAUCGCAAAAACUAAAUCAGAUUUAGCUUUUGAUAUCAGCUUUUUAAUUUUGGUAGUGGGCAUGAGUGAUUUGUGAACUCUGCAGCCAUAAACAACUCGAUCUUGACCCCAUGCAGUGGCAUCCAGUCAGGAGCCUGUUUUAUAUAGUUCCCUUUUGUUGUUUCCGAUACUUUUCAACAGUUGUAAAAUGGACUGCUUGUUGCACAUGCUUUCAAAGUGAAGAUCCGGCCUCAUAGAGAGUGUAUAAUAAAUCUCUGGUGAUAGUGUAGUUGUGCUAUCCUCAGGAUUUUGAUUGCCUUUUCUUCCACACCACUCCUUACCCCUCCCAUCCCACCCUCUUACAGUCAGUCACCACAUGCCCCUUAAGGGCUCCCUGUGCCACAUGGCAAUAGACAGUUCUAGCAGCUGUCCUCCCACUCCUGCUAACCUCAAGCUACCUCUCCCAGCUACCAGUCAACUGAGCUUGUGAGCACAUGGGAAGAGAAAGAACACGUUAGCUCUGCCAGUUUGUGCCAUAGCUUAUUGCUGCUUAAUUCCCUAAGGACGCAUUUGUUAUCAUUUCAAUCUGCAAUAAAAAAUAUCCGACUUUGUAUCCCGGCAACUAGUCAAAGUAAAAUCAGAGAAUCCCUACCGUGCUGAUAGAGACCACUCAGCUCAUUCAGUCAGCACCGACCAUCCAAAGACCAUCCCACCCUAUACCCAUACAAUAGUUAACCCACCACGCCCUGCCCAAGUAACUUUGAUGUGUGGGGAAACCUGCUUAGCCAAGUUAAAUAGUCCUGUACGGAAGGCCAUUUGACAAAUGUGCCUGUUCCAGCUCUUUGUAAGAGCCAUCCAAUUCUCCCAAUUUUCCCUUAGCUCUGAAACUAUUUCCCGUUCAAUAUUCAGUUUCUGUAUCCAGUUCCCUUGUGUGGAAUCCAGGUAUUUGUGGCAUUCUAAGUCAUGGUCACUACAGAUUCUAAGGUGAAUUAAAUAGAAGUCAUUGUUAACACCAACGUGUCUGCAGAAAGCGUUAUGGAUCAGAACUGUCAGCAUCUAGAAGCUGUGGUCUCAGACUCCUGGCAAGGAAGAGCGGGGAGGUAAUUGAUUGCAAGUUUACUCUUGGCCCUCAAAUUCAUGAGAAACCAAAACUUAAUUUGAUCUGAGCUGUUCCCUGAGUUGAAGGGACGGUGUAUGGACCUGUAGGGAAGGUACUUUCAACAUAAAGGAAAGCCAAAAUCUGGUUUGUGUGUUUGCCCAUUGCAAUCGUCUGUGUGACCUGCUCAUCAGGAUCCAGUAAAAGGAAAACUUUGCCCAUGUUCACCCCUUGCAGCAGGUGCUGUCUUGAAGAUGGAGCUGGCCAUUCCAAAAUAUCAAAGAAGAGUCAUACCAGACUCGAAACAUUCACUUACCUUCUCUCUUCACAGAUACUGCCAGACCUGCUGUAUUUCUUCAGCUCCAUGCUGUUCUUAUUUCAGAUCUCCAGACUUUGUAGUAUUUUGAUUUUAUUCUAAGACACCAGCGCCUUGUCCCACUGACAAGAAAGGGAUAAAACCUCCAGUGUAAGCAAGCUACAACCUGGAUGAGGAGAGUGGGCAGUACAUUAUGUUGGAAGUACAGUUCUAUAUCUAGCUUCUUUUAAAGCAGUGGCUAACUAUUGAAGAUUAGCAAUGGACCUUUGCGUCUUUGUUACUUUCAAUGCAGUGCUUCUUUGAAUCGGGUAUUGUAUUUUUUUCUCUCUCUCUCUGUUGUAUAUGUAAAUAAAUAUUUGUAAAAAUUUGAA